GACCUUAGCUAUAUAGCUAGCUGCACGUUCGUUCGAUGUUUACUGCCGAAAACAAGAUGACGACUAUCAAUUCUGGAGUGAAAAUAGGGCAUUAUGUCCUCGGUGAAACGAUCGGAAUGGGAACAUUUGGAAAAGUCAAAAUGGGUGAACAUCAACUGACCCAGCAUAAGGUUGCUAUCAAGAUUCUGAAUAGACAGAAGAUAAAGAACUUGGAUGUCGUCAGUAAGAUCAGACGAGAGAUUCAAAAUAUGAAACUCUUUCGUCACCCUCAUAUCAUCAAACUGUAUCAAGUUAUCAGUACACCCACUGACAUCUUCAUGGUGAUGGAAUAUGUAGCUGGAGGAGAACUCUUUGAUUAUAUCGUCAAACAUGGAAAGCUGAAGGAACAUGAAGCAAGACGAUUUUUUCAACAAAUAAUAUCUGGUGUGGAUUACUGUCAUCGUCAUAUGAUUGUACAUCGUGAUCUGAAGCCAGAAAAUCUGCUACUUGACCCCAAUCUUCAUGUUAAGAUUGCUGACUUUGGUUUGUCAAACAUGAUGACUGAUGGUGAGUUUUUGAGAACAAGCUGUGGAUCACCAAACUAUGCAGCACCAGAAGUCAUAUCUGGCAAACUGUAUGCAGGACCUGAGGUUGAUAUCUGGAGCUGUGGUGUGAUUCUCUAUGCUCUCUUAUGUGGUACACUUCCGUUUGAUGAUGAACAUGUUCCUACACUCUUCAGAAAGAUUAAAGGUGGUCAUUUCACAAUUCCUGAUCAUAUAGAGCGUUCACAAGUCAAGAGUUUGAUCCAACACAUGUUACAGGUUGAUCCACUUAAGAGAGCUACUAUUAAGGAUAUAAGAGAGCAUGACUGGUUCAAGAUUGAAAUGCCCCAGUAUCUGUUUCCUCAGAAUGAUUUUGAUGAUUCCAUCGUUGAUGUAGAGGCUGUCAAAGAAGUCUGUGAGAAAUUCAAUGUUCGAGAAGGUGAAGUGCAGAACUCAUUAAUGUGUGGUGAUCCUCAUGAUCAACUCCGGAUUGCUUACUAUCUUAUCAUUGAUAACAAGAGAAUUAUGGAUGAAGCCUCUAAGACACAAAUGAAGGAUUUCUACCUUGCUUCUAGUCCACCACCAAGGGAGUCCUAUCUUGAAGUUCAACAAGAAGCUGGUUUCCUGAUGCCCAAAGCACAUCCAGAAAGAUUAACAACUAUGACAAUGAACACCCUGGAGAACUUCAAUAACCAGAGUUCUGAGAGUCAGAGAAGAGUUCCAGCAACACCUGUUAAGAGAUCAAAGUGGCAUCUUGGUAUCAGAUCACAGAGCAGGCCACAUGAUAUCAUGGGAGAAGUCUUCAGAGCUAUGAAGGCACUCAAUUUCGAGUGGAAGGUAGUGAAUCCAUUCUAUGUGAGAGUUAGACGAACCAAUCCACUGACCGGUGCUCAGAUUAAGAUGGGUCUUCAACUCUAUCAGGUGGACAGUAAGAGUUACCUACUGGACUUUAAGAGCUUGACCAAUCCAAGGGACAGUGGCAUGAGCAACUUUGGUUCUGAUGAUCGAAUGGAUGUGGAGGAGCCCAUGUCACCGCGAUCACCGACCACACCACCGUUCCCUCAAUCUCCUGGUUCACCACGAUGUAUGCAGCACUGUACCAUGGAAUUCUUUGAGAUGUGCGCUAGUCUGAUCGCUACUCUUGCACGAUGAAGAUGGUCUGGAUCAGUUGAUGGCCAAGAACCAACAGAGUUGGCUCAAAUCAGUGUCAAUAUACCCUUGUAUUUGUCCCUUAUUUAGAUCCUAUUGGCCUGAUUCAAGUAAGUUGGUUCACUAAUGCCAGACCGAUGCUGCUUGUCGCUGGUGCAAUUGCCUUCAGACUGGCAGACCAAUGAAAUAAAGAAAUAUAUUUAGAAAUUCAGAGUCAAAGACUGAACCGGUUUAAAAACUAAAUGUCAUAAAAAAUUCAUUUAUCAGAUUUCAAACCAAGUUGAACUAUGGAAAUAAAAUUACCAUAGAGGACCACUCAGUGUUCCUCCUUGGAUUUAUCAGCCUUUAAAGUGAUAAUCUUGAUACACUAACUGUGUAGCAGUCUUCAAAAGAUGAUGACAAAUUGGGGGUCAAGCCAUUGGCUACACACCAUAGUUCAACCCUCCUAAGCCGUGUCCGACUAAAGCAUUCGGUGCCACAAUAUCUUAUUUAUUUUCGUUUUCACACUCAUUGCAAUUCACCAGAAAUUCCCAGAAAGAUUUUCUGUGUUUUUCGCUGUGAAUUUAUUCUGGUUUUGCUUUACAAAAUAGAUAUAUAUGUUUUACAUAUAGAUGAUGUUUACAGUACUUCAUGUACUUUAUAUUUGUUGUGUGUUAUUACAUGUUCAUACAUCAAGGUAACAUUAUUAGCCCAUGGAUGACUGAGUAUGAGAUGUCAAUGUUUAAAUUCAUAGCAGUAAUGAAUUUCAAGGAAUAGAUCGAAGGUUAUGAAUGAAAGUUUGAAAGGUGACUUCUUUUUUUAGUCCUUAGAUUAUUUAGGGAAUGAAAUGAUAGAUUUACAUUCGUUAUCAGACUGUAUUUUGAAGUUGAAGAUUAUACUGAGAUACCUUUUUAACGGUUUUUGCUGAUAGGGUGUUGCAAAACAUUAACUAUCAAUAGACCAGUUCGUAGUUACUUCAUGGAAAAUUUUGGUCAAAUUACCUUUCAUUUCUUUCAUUGUGAUAGGCAGAUUUCAAAGCAAGAUAUUAUGUAAGCAUGUCUUACAUAGCAGGAUGAUGAAAUUGAAUAGACCAGGUGACUAGAAUAGCACACCAAUGAACACUCUAUUAAGGUAUUUGUUGCAAUUCUACUUUGAAUGCAUAUUAGAGCAUUUUGUACAAUUUACUUGGCAAACUGAAAUACCAGUCGUUCGUGGACGCAUUAUUUUUUUUUGUGGAUGUAAAUGAAAACAUAAUUUAAAAGAAUAUAUGAAUAAUCAAGACAUUAAAGUUGUUGCUUAUCUCAUUAGAUUUUAAACCACCAUGUCACUUCAGUACCAAUGACCUUCCUCUGAUCAUGCGCAGAGUGGAACUACGAACUGGCUUAUUUCAAAUCUAUUUGGGGUCUUCAAAUCGAUAACGUGUUCAGAGUUUGCGAAGAUGUCUGAGAUUAAAUCUUUAUCGGAAUUCUCUGUAUGUUUAGAUGUUUAUUAGACCAACCUAUUGGUUUCUAUUAUAAUAGUUUGAAGAUGGUAUUGACGUAUGGUAUUUGUGGUCUCCACUUUGUUGAAUGCAGUUUGCUUUUGACUAAGUCAUUUGAUGUUAUGAAAAUCCUUUGCUUGACUAAUUGUUAAAGAAAGAAAAGUGUAUGAUAGGUUUAUUGCUUCAUUAAUUGAAACUGAAAAUUUAUUGUUUUAUAUCUUUUUCUUUAAUCAUGACCAUCAUGGCCAUGUAUUUUUUCACUUACAGUUUUUAUUGGAAAAUUGAAUCAGGAUUUUGAAUAACUUUUUUUUUAAAUUCAUGUCUUUAUUUGAUCAUGUUGGCUUAGCCAUAUACAAAUUAUAUAAAUAUGAUACUUUAUCAUCGUAAAAGAUAUGAUGUAAAACUGAAUUAACAGAUAAUGAAAUUAUAUUUUUAUGCUGGUGGAGAUUUGAAAGAGAAAAUAAGGCUCCCACUUAAAACUUGAAAUAUGUAAAUAGCAAAAUCUUUAUAUGAGUUCUGAUGAUACAACAGAUCUGUGUACAGUGUAUAUACGUCAAUUAAUUUGAAAGAUUAAGCACUUGAGUUUGCAUACAUGCUUUUUGGGCCUUGUGUGAAAAGUACUAUUGAAUGUUUUCACAUCGCAAGGAAUUAAUUAUUCUUGUUCAAUACUAAUUGGAUGAAUUAUUUACGUGUGUAUCAAUUUUCUAUAUUUUCUUUUUUCUAUACCCAUGGCAAACAAGAUUUUACUAUUAGAACAAUUUUGUUUUUUCAAUAUGAAUGUUAGAGAAGAGCUUCAGGAGUAGAAAUAAGGAUUAUUCAAUAUGAAGAAUUGUUGUGCUAUCUGAAAGACCAAAUGUAAAUUUGAUUCAUCUGGUAAUUUUCUGCUGGGCAAGAGUCCCAUUUGUCCCCUUCGCUGAAAAAAUAUAUACACGUAUAUUGAUAUGGCUUAACAUGGAACAUAAAAAAGUUUGAUGCACACCAAAAUAUCACGGCUUUAUUCCCUUGAAUUUUGAAGCAAGUGUAAUUUGUGCAAUUUCCAUUGAAAUAGUUUUGUUAAGUCAGAAGAAAUAAAUUAAUUGCAGUCUUUAGGGUUAGACUAAUCCCAAUUUGGUUUUAUAAUCACUUUUAACCCUUUUCCUUUAUUGAAUUCACACCAGCUUAAUACUUAGUGUGGAAACUGUUAUAAUAUGUACCUGUGUUUCUCCUACCAUCCCCUCACUUUGAAAGCACAUUAUCCUGGGGUACAUUUCAUAAAGAGUUACAAUUAUUACAAUACAACUUUAAAUUAUGGUAACUACUAUGGAAACCUUGAUUGUGAUUGGCUGCUGAGCCCUGUUACCAUGGUAGUUACCAUAAUAACAAAGUUACAAUAGUUGUAACUAUUUAUGAAGCGGACCCCUGGUGUUUUCUUGGCAGCUCAUAAAUGUAACAUGGUUGACUAGCCCUUGUGUGCCAGGGCAAAGAAUGUGGUUUAUGAGUGCAGUGCACACAUGCUCAAUAUUCUGAGUGACAAAAUAUUCAAGGGCAGUAAGAUGUAAUCUAAAUCCUGCAAAACAGUAUAUGGGCAAUUCCAUUAAAUGAUCAACCUUUUUGUAUAUCCCAUCUCCAUUUUUGUCAAGUUUUACUUCACUUCAUAAAUUGACCUAGUAAUUGUCUUUUGAGAGCAUUGCAGACUGUCAAAAGAACAAGAAUCAGAGACAGAAAAUUUUGUGAAGGUCCCACAAAGAGGGGGUCGGACGUAUAUAUUUUAUGGAAUUGCCCAUAUGCAUCAAAUUAUAUUUAUAACUAAUAAAAUCUGGAAUGAUUUCUCUGAUUUCAGACAGCUGCAAUGUAAUUUCACUGGUCACGAGGAUAAACAUACUGUACAUUCUAAUACAGAGAUACCCAGGUAUUACCAACUGUACAGUGAUUAUUUGUUUGUUAUUGGUGUGUACCCAUUAUUAUGUUUAUUUCAUAACCAUAUGCCACUUUAUUAUAUGAUAAAAUGUUUUUUAGUGGGAGGUUUGCCUCAUUUUGUUUAGGAAACUUAUAAUUGUGUUCAUCUUAUCUCCUGUACACUUUUUGAAAAGCAUCUCAUGUAAAACUUGAAGACUAUAUAUGGGUGCAAUCAGUAUAGAAUGUCUGUUAGGCUUGUUAUAGGGUUACAUCCCUUUUUUCUUUGCGCUUCCUGGGCUUUUUCAUAAGUUUGUGACCUUACGCAUGACUGACCACCUGUUCUCAUGCUAAAUUAUAUAUUCAUAUGUAGCUGACUUAAAGGGAUCGUUUAACUUUGUGAGCAGCUGAUUUAAAAAAUUCUCAAAACUGAGUUGAAACGUGCAUAUGAGUGCUUGUAUUUGUCCUCAAAAACCCUGAAACAGACCACAAUAUAGGAUGAAAAACUCUAAUUUAGAUACAAGUAGCAAUUUAUUAGCCUGAUUUUGAGAACCGUCUAGUAGACGGGUUCAGCUUAUGACCAGUUUUCUCCAAUUCAAAAAGUCUGUUGGCUAUUUUGACUGCCUUCUGUUGUGUGUAUCUCCUAUACACACACUAU